AUAUUAUAAUGCCAAUCAGUCGCCACCUAGCACUCAGUGUUGAAGGUCAGAGACAUGAUAUAGAAUCUGUUUCGAAAUAAAAUAUCACGUAUUGUUAACUUCUAUGAGUUUAGUGAUGAAGCAGACAUAAGAUGCUACACAUUGUCAUAGUGUUUGGAUUACUUCUGAUACGAGAUAAAAUUGAAUGCAAGGUAUGCAAUGACUGCAUGGAAUUGACGAGAUGUCCAGGAGCACUCGCAAUAUUAACAGAAGACGCUGAUACUGAUACCAAACAAGAGUUCCAAAAUCAAUUUUGUGGAGUUAAGUACGUAUUUGGGGAUAGAAUUCCUCAGGUAUGUUGUUCAGAUUUUGCCAGACCGCCAAAUGAGAAUUUAAUGCAACAUCGAAACUUUUUCCUACUGCCGAAUAGCUGUGGAGUAAUUAAUGUGACUCCCAACUCGUCGCCUAGGGCCAAACUGUACGAAUUCCCAUGGCUAGCUCUCAUCGCAACUGAAUAUUAUCUUGGCGAGAAAUUCGUUUGCGAUGGAGUUAUCAUAUCUUCUCUUUAUAUUUUGACGACGGCAGCAUGCGCAGAAACCUCACUCUCUUUUGUUCGCGUGGGUGACUACAAUCCCGAUACUGCGAUUGAUUGUAUGCCAGAUAAUGUGGAUGUUUGUGAAGAUCAUACACAGAAUAUUUACAUUAGUGAAAUAAUAAAGCAUCCAAAAUAUGUUGGAAGUAUACGGGACAUUAGAAACAAUUUGGCCCUCCUUCGGCUUCGUGAACCAAUUGACUUUUCGUUUAGAAAUGUUGCACCAAUAUGCCUACCGAUACAAGCAAACCAGAUUUAUAAUUCACUCAACGAAACAGGGACCAUAGUAGGAUGGCUACAUAAUGGUAUUUACGAGCUACGGGAUUACGGACAACUUCAAAAAUUUCAACAAGUAAUCAAACCCCAAACUUGGUGCAAGACACUUCUUUCUAGAUUUAAAAUGAACGUAACAUCGAUGGAAAAUUCGUUUUGUGUGUUCACACAUCCAAAUGGCAUAUGCAAUACCAUAGCUGGUGAUCCUUUCAUGAUUAUUCGUAAAUACAAUCUAGUAAACCGCUACAUUUUACAAGGAAUAUACUCUCACGGAACAAAGGAAUGUAUUGGGAACGCACCAGAGGUGUUUGUAGACGUCACAAAAAUGGUCGGCUGGAUUUUGGAUACUAUUCAACCAUAAGCAAACUAUGGUAAAGACGAUAGUCUCAUGAACAUCGUAGAAGCGUGUCGCAACUGAUCAGUA